AUGUUGCGUAGCAACCAGCCUAGUGGUGACCAGGAUAUGAGGAGUAUGUUAGCAAGACCGACACCAGCAGAAAGUACUGCUGCACCAAGUGAUCCUAGAUCUCGUCCUCCUGAGGUAGCCAGGAAUGAUCCACGAUUAGCUAGAGGUAUCAUGCCAACAAGACCUCCUCCAACAAGUAUGGCACCACCUAGACCAGCUCCUGCUUCAAAUGCUCCAACAACUGAUCAGGACAAGACUGCCCUGAUCAUGCAGGUCCUACAAUUAUCUGACGAGCAAAUAGCAUUACUACCGCCUGAUCAAAGGUCUAGUAUUUUGCUCCUGAAGGAACAAAUUGCACGCUCUACUCAGAGAUGA